CUACAUAAAGCGUGUUAACUGGUUUGGCAAGAAGUUCAAACGUAUCUGUCUAUGCUGAUGUGUCAGAGCACAAAUUAAGUUUCCACGUCGAGAAAAUAAAACUUCUAAACAAAAAAGCGAAAUGAGGAUGUCGCGCACCACAAUACUCGUGUACUGUAUCGUUUUGUGGAUUUCUGUUCCUCUUUCGAAUUCCAUUCCUGAAGAUCUAGAUGGAUCAGGAGGAGAUGAUGAAGACUUUUCUGGUUCUGGGGAUGGAGAGAGGUCACCAGACGUCACUAUGUCUCCCUCAUCCUCAAGUGCAAGAGAGCAAGCUUCCACAACUGUAGAGGAAGAGGUAAUAAGCCCUGUAACAGCCACCUCUCCUGAAAUGGCUGAGAAAACAACUACCUCGGAGAAACCAGAAACCACAGAAGGUUCCGUACACAUUCUUGUGGCUGAUACAACCACCUCUGUGCCAGUCAGUACUGUAGAGGCAUCGCCUGACACAACCACUGCUGGAGUUGCUUCGCCUGGCGUUGUCGGCGACAAGAAACUUUCAUCCACAGCUGUCAGCCCAACUCUGUCUUCUUUGUUUGAUGUUAGUACAACUGUGCCGUUAACCUCUGCCAGCAUUGUAGAAUCUGAUGCUAAGCCUGAGAGCACUGCAGACUCUGCCACACUUGUCGGUAUAACACAGUCUUCAUCUUCAUCCACCUCCGCUAGUGUCCACAUUGUAGAUUUGGAUGCUAAACCUGAAGAUCCUGCAGGCCCCUCCACCACAGUCGGUACAACAUCAGCUUCAACCAUCAGUGACAGUGCUGGCAUUAUAGAUUCUGAUAAGCCUGAGAGCACUGCAGACUCCACCACACCUGUCAGUACAACACAUUUUUCAUCUUCAUCCACCUUCGCUAGUGUUCAUGUUGUAGAUUUGGAUGCAAAACCUGAAGAUCCUGCAGACCCCUCCACCACAGUCGGUACAACAUCGGCUUCAACCACCAGUGCCAGUGCAGGCAUUGCAGAUUUUGUUGCUAAGCCAGACGGCACUGCAGCUUUCAAUAUCACUGAUGGCAUUGCAGGCCCUAACAAAGGCAGGAAAUUGCCUGUGGACACAGAAGACUUGGCAACAGAGACUUAUCUGGAUGAUAUGUACUUGGAAGACAUUGCAGUCUCCCAAGACAAAAACAAAGUCCAAGCAGAAGUGCCACAGAUCACCCAGUCAAAUAACCACCAAGAAGCACCAAAACUAGGGGACAAUGCUAUGAGCCAAGGCUUUCUGGAAAGGAAAGAAGUUCUAGGAGGUGUCAUUGCUGGUGGAAUAAUUGGGCUUGCAUUUGCUGUGUUGCUGGUGGUUCUGAUGGUUUACAGAAUGAAGAAAAAGGAUGAGGGAAGUUAUGCUCUGGAUGACCAGAAGCACUCCAAUGGAGGUUACCAGAAGCCACAGAAACAAGAAGAGUUCCUGGCGUAAAUUCCUAGUGGGACAAUUACAUAGAUUUAUUUUGUGUGUUUUUUUUGUUUUACCGAGUUCUGGUUCUGACAUCUCCUCCUUUUUUUUGUGUUUUUAUAAUAUAUAAUUUCUCCUCUUCCUCCCGAUAUGGACAUCAAACCUAAUCCUCUCAUCCCGAGUAAUGUUGGGACUGUUCUGCCAUUUUAGGGCAGGUUUGAGAUUAGCUAUAUGUAGGUGAGAUUAGAUUACUUGUGUAAACAGAGGGGGGGGGGGGGAUUAAUAAUUUAGUUGUCCCAAACAAAUUAGAGCCAUUUCAAGACAAGUUUUCCUUUUUGCUUUUUUGUUUGUAGUUAUUUCUGGACCUAUUGGAUAUACAUAGAUUUGAACCCUAGCUGCUAAAGGUACAGUUCAGAACUGCUUAAAAGCUGCAAAGGCUGUAGCAAAAUGAGGAAUCACAGUUCACACACUGGUAACUUCAAUGCAUUUCUAUGUUUUGUUUAGUUUCAUAUGGAUAUAUACAAAUUUAUGGUAGCACCAACCUAAUUAAUAGGUGUAAGAUGAGGCUUAGGAUAAUGUAAUGAUAGCAAAAAAGCUAUCUGAGACUCGUAAAGCAAUUACGAUCCUAUGUUUCAUGGUGAGGAAUUAUUUAUGGUUUUAUAGUUAAAUCUCUUCAAAUAGUUAACAUCUGUUUUAAAACAAAUUACCUACUGUUUUUUCUGAGCUAUGAUUCUCAUGUAACUAGAAAGUGUAGCAAUUUCCUGCAACAUUCAAGCAAGCCUUUCAGAGAACAGAAGUUUGACACUUUUUUUGCAAAUGCAGUUAGAAGUUUGAUUGAAGAGGACUCUAAAACAGGGAAGUAACACUUUGUGUGUGUGGGGGGGGUGGUAUAUAUAUAAUUGAAUCUACCCCUUAACUCCAUGGCUUUCAGUUGCAUACACAGCAGGAUAUUUAAUUGAAUUGGCAAGCCUGGUACUCAUGUAGUGGACAUGACCAGAUUAUCCUUUUGGCUCCAAGUACCAAUCUGAAGAACCAAAACCGCUUUUUGAUUUUAUUCAGCUGGAAGAUCUAUUAUGCCACCACUACCUCGUCUGGAUGUAACAUAACAACUCUUCUAACUGUGAGUGAAACUAAAUAUGUUUGGUUUCCAGUUGAUUAACAAGAUUGAACAGGUAUUGUUUUUUUUCUGCCACACCCUUUCUGACAGUGAAAAACUUCCAUGCUUAAAGUGAAUUUAAUUGUUCCAUAAAUAGUUACAUGUGUGAUAUUUACUACUUGUAUAUGCAAGUUUUAUAUGUUAGGUUUACAAAUAUGGAUGAAAUUACGGGAAGAUGGUAGCACCCACAAACCAAGCAAAGAAACACAUUUUAUAACUGCAUCUGUAACUCUAACACUACGCUAUUGAUCCUAUUAUACAGACUUGUAGCCUGUCUUGUUAACGUGGUAAUUGCAUCUCUUUAAAUUAAGAACAAACUUGUUCACCCAUGUAUUGGUGUGGUAACUCAAGCCAUUGGUACAGACACAAUGCUUGCAACAGCACUUGGCUAGCAUGGUGUUUUUUGCUAGCUUGUACAUUUUUUUUAGUGGUUUAAAUUUGGGGAAUGUGGCUGUGUACCACUGGAAUGUGAAAUAAUUACUGGUGUAAAUACUUUGUGCAACAGUUUAAAAACCAACACUAACUACCCCAAAAUCUGCUGCUGCAUUUGUUGCAGUAUACUUCUGUUCAUAAAACUGUUUUACACGUCUAAAUUCUUUAACUGUUGUAAACUAAAAAAUGUCAUUUCCCUCCCAAGCAAGCUGCCUUGACUGACAAUGUGGUAAAACUGCUUGUACAAUAAAUAAAAACUGCACCUUUUGAUUCAUGUGCCUAUCUUUGACUUCUGAUUAUAAAUCAAUAGGCAGCAUUGUUAAGCUGGUUUAUCUAUGCAAAAAAACUUGGCUAACGAUGGUAGAAAUCGGCUUACAUUUACGUUACUGGCUAGAGUACUUUGCAUUCUGUGUUCAAGAAGAUUCAAAUACAUGUUUAUAUUUAUUACCUGUGUUUCAAGAUGAACCUGCAAUAAAUGUGAACAUUGUCACCAUGGAAAA